AUGACGGCGGCAACGUGGUUGACCGAGAAUAGUGCCGUGGCAGGCGUGUUGCGCAAUGCCCGUGCAGCUCUUCUUAAGCGUGACGCGCUCGCACGACUUGCCGACCCCGCGGCCCGCGCCGCUGGCGGCGAGGCGAGGAAACUCAUUCGCGACGCUGGCCCGCGUAUCGACGCGCUUGCUGAGGCACUCGACACCCCGGCCGUGUCUAGCCUGGGUGACGGCGAGAGGCGUAGGCGUGAUGACCUUGUCGCCGCCUUGCGUACGGAGCACGCAAAUCUUCUUCGUCAAGCCGAGGCUGGUUACCGUCCCCCACGCAACAUGACGCCACCUCCCGAGGCCCGUGGCCCCGGAUCAUCGUCCUCAAGCAUGACUGCCUCGAUGCCGGGUGGCAUGCAGCAAUCGGCCUGGACGCCAGCGACCACGGGGGGACGCGUGUUCGGCAAGAAGGCCGCACCCCAGGAAACUGCGGAGACUCGUCCUCUCGACGAGCGCGGCCUCGUUCAACUUCAGCACACGGCCAUGGCGCAGCAGGACGAACAGCUCACCGCCCUCUCUGGUCUCCUUCACAAACAGCGUCGUAUGGGCGAGGAGAUUUCCGAAGAGAUUGCCGUCCAGAACGAGCUGCUCGAACAUCUCGACCAGGAUGUCACCCGUGUCGGCAGCAAGCUCGCCCGCACAAAGCGCGAUAUGAACCGUCUUGGCUAA